AUGGAUAGUUACUCUGCCAGAACAACCAAAAGAACAGAGAACGAAGAAUGGAAGGAGGAGUACCGUGUGGAGAAGAGGCCUAGACAAGAAGAAGAAAAUGUAGAUCAAAAGCUGCAGAAAAUGAGAGAACAGCUCUUGGCCGAGUUGGGGACGAAAGAUCACAAUCAGACCCUCUUACCUGCAUCCUCACCCUUCUCGAGAUGGGUGCAGCAGGAGACCAUCCCCAAAAAGUUCAUGAUGUCACCUAUGGCAGCAUACGACAGAACGGGAAAUCCCAGGGAGCACGUCCUUAACUAUAAAACUUUUAUGGAGCUGCAGACCUUAUCAGAUGCCUUGAUGUGCAAGGUAUUCCCCACGAUGCUCACAGGGCCAGCACGGGCGUGGUUUAAUAGCUUGGAAGCUGGAAGUAUCAGAAGCUUCGGAGACCUUGCCAAUGUAUUCAUCAGUCGGUUCAUAGCAAGAGUGCCGGCAGACAGAAAAACUAGUUACCUGGAGACGGUCAGGCAAAGGAGGAAUGAAUCCUUGAGGGAGUAUGUAGCCCGUUUCAAUACGGAGGCCCUACAGAUCCCUGAGCUAGAUGAGGGUAGGGCGGUGGAAGCCAUGCAGAAAGGGACCACCUCUCCCGAGUUUUUCGGCUCGUUGAGUAGGAAGCCCCCUACCUCGCUGGCAGAACUGAUGAAGAGGGCAGAAAAAUACAUAAAGCAAGAUGAUGCCUUGAUGACGAGCAGAUUCGCCAAGGAGGCAGCAGACAGAGGAAAAGCCCCGGAGGAGAGGAGACCGGAAAGACAUGAAAAGAGGCAAAAUAAAAAGCCUGAGGCGUACAGACAACCCUGGGAUCGGAGGGACCAAAGACUAUUUCCUCCACGAGUUCCUGAGACCCUGACCCCUCUCAAUGCCUCCCGAGCCGAAGUGCUCAUGGCAGUCCCAAAAUAA